GAACUGAACUAAAAGCGAGAAAUACGCCGAGUACCGGCGAUUUGAUUUAAUUAACUAAUUAUUUUCCUCGCGUGCGGACACUUGCGAAGGAAGAAAUCAUCGAAUUGUCGUGCCCAGUGAUUCUUCAACAAUGGGAAAAUUAGCUAUAAUUUUCCUGGCUUUCGCCGCAACCUGCGCAGCGGACUUCAUUAGAGUACCACUGCACAAAGUAGAGACGGCUCGCGGUCAGCUGGCGGCGGUCGGCACGGAGCUCAACAUGCUCCGCCUGCGGCGCCCGGCCGGACCCUCGCCCGAGCCCCUCUCCAACUAUCUUGAUGCGCAAUACUACGGCCCGAUCUCUAUUGGAACUCCGCCGCAGACUUUCCGCGUGGUAUUCGACACCGGAUCCUCCAACCUUUGGGUGCCUUCUAAGAAAUGCCACUACACCAACAUAGCUUGCCUGCUCCACAACAAAUAUGACAGCACCAAGUCCUCUUCGUACGUGGCCAACGGCAAGGAGUUCGCCAUCCACUACGGCUCCGGCUCGCUCUCCGGGUUCCUUUCCACCGACACCGUCUCUGUUGGUGGCGUGACGGUGAAGUCUCAGACAUUCGCGGAGGCUCUAUCUGAGCCCGGCCUCGCGUUCGUCGCCGCUAAGUUCGACGGCAUUCUCGGCAUGGCUUUCAGCUCUAUCUCCGUGGACCACGUGCCACCCGUGUUCGAUAACAUGGUGGCCCAGAAACUCGUCGCGCCUGUCUUCUCUUUCUAUUUAAACAGAGAUCCGUCAGCCAAGGUCGGCGGCGAGAUGAUCCUCGGCGGCUCUGACCCGAACCACUAUCGCGGCAACAUGACUUACGUGCCCGUCGACAAGGCGGCCUACUGGCAGUUCCAUGUGGGCGGCAUCGCCAUUGCCGGACACAAGUUCUGUGAGAAGGGAUGCGAAGCGAUCGCCGACACUGGCACCUCCCUCAUCGGCGGUCCCACAGCUGAGGUAGAGACCCUGAACAAGGCGCUCGGCGCCACUCCUCUCGUAUCUGGACAGUACGUGUUCGACUGCUCGCUGAUCCCCAAGUUGCCGCGCGUCACCUUCACCAUCAACGGCGUGGAGUUUCCGCUUGACGGACAGGAUUAUGUGCUGCGAGUAUCUCAGUUCGGCAAAACCGUCUGCCUGUCCGGCUUCAUGGGCCUCGACGUGCCGCCACCGGCCGGGCCCCUCUGGAUCCUCGGCGACGUGUUUAUCGGUCGCUACUACACUGAGUUCGACGUCGCCAACCGCCGCAUCGGGUUCGCGCCCGCUGUAUAAGCCACCGUGUGUUGUGAGGUGACAUUGGUGAACGAAAUGUGUAGGAUUUUUUUAAAGAGCAUUUUAACAUGACAUUUUAUAACAAAUUUGCUCACUAUUGUUGCCUUACAGUCACAUAAUAUGUAUGUAGACCACAUUAUAACUCACUAACCUUUUCGACGCCAUGUCACUUGGACGCCACGUCACCGAAGUGUCAAAACUGAAAUUGAAUUUUAUGCAUAUGCACGUAGGCCUAUGUUAUUCUGUGGUCUGUGACCCAUUAAUCAGUCUUUGGCGUGGAACCUGCGGUGCGGAUAUAUCGGUCAUUGGCGUCCAAAAGGACCCACUCCCACCGAACUGGCGGAGUCUGAGCGCGUUUCACAUUUGUACGGUCGCAAGCCGGUCGGCUCCUCGCGGACGCGGUCGGCUCCGGACGGAUUCCAUCGCGUCUGCCAUACAUAAUGUAUAGGCAUAUUGAAAAUGCGCUCCGGCGCGGCCCGACUCCAGCCGGUCGGUGGGAAUUACAUUAGUAUAUAUUCGCUUCGUUUUUCUCAGUAACGAAAUGAAAUUUUGAGUUUCGUUCAAUUUGAGCACACACAGAACUAAAGUUGAUAUUUAUUCGGCCUCUAGUGAAUCGGUUUAGCGUAUGAUUAUGCAUAUUGAGUUAUAUUUGUGGUUAAACAUAUAAUCUAUGUCCUUUUUGAAAUUUAACUAAAAAUAUUGAUCAGUUGUGAUAACCAUCAGCGAAAUUACUACCAGUGUUUAAUUAAAAGCUUAAGAAUGAUAUAUUAAACUGCAAUAACUUAGUUUGAUUAAGUCAGAGUAGGUAGUUAGGUACACUGAUGAAAUUUUUAUGCUCAGCUGGUUCCAAAACAUUUUUGAGCCAUUCCUGGUUAGUUUUUAAGAUAUUCUGUUUGUUUUUAAUAUCUCUAAUAUGUAGCUCAUUACUACGGACUGACUUGCUUCAACCAAAUAUAUACGAACCAUGACAAUACAUUCAUUCAUUCAUUUUUCACUCAAUACAUUAGGUCAGUUUCAAGUGUUUUUACUUUAUCUACGAAAUAAAUAUUUUUGGUUAUUUUAAA